AAAAACAAAAAAAGAAAAAGGAAAGAUAUUCAAGAAAGGGAAAGAAAGACCGAUCGACCUUGUCGCCAUCAACCGGCAGAAAGGGUUGAUUUGAUACCAAUGAGAGUGGCUGGUUUUCUCCGUCCGUUUGCCCCUUUUGUCGGAUGGUCGCCGAAGACAGAAAGUUUUUGGGAGGGGGUAAAAUUGAGGUGGAGAAGGUGGUUUGAAGUCCUGUUUUUAUUUCAAUAUUGUCUUUCAAUUAUUUGAUUAACGUGUUUGAUUAUAGUUUACUUUACUCCGUAGGUAUGAACUGUGUCUUACGGUCGGAGAUAUUUUGGGGGGGUGACUUGCUUAUUGUUGUGUUGCAUUGCAUUGCAUGUCGGGUAGGGUUGGAUUGAAUUCACUGUGGUUAAAUGAAGUGAAAUAGUCUGUGCAUCUUUGUCAUUGAAUAGAGAGUAUUAGUACUUUAUCAAGGUAGAAAGUAAACCUUGAUAUACGAGCUCAUGAAGCAAGUGGUCUCGUGAUGCCAUGUGGCACCCAAUGGCACGAGGAACCCCGGAGCUUAGCUUGGACGAUGUUAAAUUGAAGCUUGUUGCUGUUCUCAUCUUCGAGUCCAUGGCUAAGGUAACAUUGUAGUGGGGUUGAAGCUGUCAGACUCGUUUCAAUGAUGUUAUCUCUUGAUGUCAGCACUGCCUCUCUGACGUUUCAUAUAUGGAUCGUGACAGCUCUUUUUUAUACAAGAGACAACCGUGGUCGAGGAACUCCUCCGGAUGUUGUGUUUCCAACUGCCAACAGUUCCAUGCCAAGACGGGGGCCAAAAAAGAGCCUUGAAACGCCAGGAUGGAGACGACGAAAGCGAAUUGGCCCAUUCGCUUCCUCUUCCGUCUGAGACAAGUCCGACAACUUG